AUGCAGACGACUAGGAUGCUGAUUUCAAGUUGCUUCCUGUUGCUCAUCUCUUUAUCAAUCUGCUGUGCCCAACAUUGGUCAUAUGGCUUCCAACCUGGUGGGAAGAGAGAUGUGGAAAACCUAAUAGACUCCUUCCAAGAGAUUGAAAAUGAGAUGGAGAAAGCUGGGAAGCUGCAGCCCUUUGAAUGCAAUGUGCCACGCCAGCAUUUCACACUCAGAGGACUGACAGGUGGUCUUGCAAGUCUAAUUGAAGGAGAGAAGGGACAGAAGAAGAUCUAACGGCGCCAAAGUCCAAAUAAAAAAUAAUGCAACCUUUGCAAAGUGAACAUUUCAGCUGCAACAUUUGACUUGACUUAGGUGUGCUGUAGACCAA